GGCAUUUACCCAAACACCAUGUCCUCCGCCAUCCCCAUCUCUCUGACCUCCCCCGCCACUCCCCCUCCCCGUCCUUCUCCCCAGACCCAGACCCCCUCCUUCCCGAAGAUCCCUCCUCCACCCCCUCCCCCUGUCCUCACCGCCGCAUCCACCGCCACUUCCCAGGCCGACCGCACCACCGCGGCCUCAUGGAUCGAGACCCUCCGCUCCCACGCCCGCUCCAACGCCUUCCGCUCCGCCCUCUCCUGUUACGUCGAUAUGACCUCCGCCGGCGUCCCCCCCGACCACUUUGCCUUCCCCGCUGCCCUAAAAGCUGCCGCCGGCCUCCACGACCUCCCCGUCGGCUGCCAGAUCCACGCCGCCGUCAUCAAAUGCGGCUACCAGUCCUCUCCCGUCACCGUCGCCAACACCCUUAUCACCAUGUAUGCCCGGUGCGGGGAUAUCUCGAGCGCCUUCAAGGUGUUCGAUAGAAUCGCCGAGAGGGACCAGGUCUCCUGGAACUCGAUGAUUGCAGCGCUCUGCAUGUUUGAAGAGUGGGAGGUCGCGCUCGAGGCCUUUCGGCUGAUGCUGGAGGAGCGCAUCGAGCCGAGCUCGUUCACUCUCGUAAGUAUCGCUCUUGCCUGCUCGAACCUGACUAGGCUCGAUGGGCUGCGGCUCGGGAAGCAACUCCAUGGAUUUGGUCUGCGAAAUGGUUUCUAUUCCGAUGGAAAGCGAUUCACCUACAAUGCUUUAAUAGGAAUGUAUGCCAAACUGGGAAGGGUUGGCGACGCCGUCGCACUUUUUGAGCGGUUCGAUGACCGCGACGUCGUCUCAUGGAAUACGAUGAUCAGUGCUCUCGUGCAGAAUGAUCGAUUUCCGGAGGCCAUGGCUGUUUUCCAUCGUAUGGUGGCCUCGGGAAUCAAACCAGAUGGAGUCACGCUUUCAAGCGUUCUCCCUGCUUGCUCCCACAUGGAUAUGUUGGACACGGGGAGGGAGAUCCAUGCAUAUGCCACAAGGAACGACAACCUGUUCGAGAAUACAUUUGUAGCCAGUGCCUUGGUUGACAUGUACUGUAAUUUUGGUCAGGUGGGGAAGGGCCGGAUAGUUUUCGAUGGGAUCGCAGAGAGGAGGCUUGGCCUUUGGAAUGCUAUGAUUUCAGGUUAUGCUCAAAAUUUGCUGGAUGACGAGGCCCUGCAGCUGUUUGUCGAGAUGGAGGUGGUUGCAGGGUUAUAUCCGAAUGAGACCACAAUGGCAAGUAUUCUUCCUGCCUGCGUGCGGUCCGAAGCAUUCCCUCGGAAGGAAGACAUACAUGGUUAUGCUGUCAAGAGAGGUAUGGAAUGCGAUAAGUUCGUGCAGAAUGCGCUGAUGGACAUGUACUCCAGAGUGGGGAAGAUGGAGGUUUCUCGAAAGAUCUUUGAUGGUAUGGAGGUGAGAGAUGUGGUAUCUUGGAACACCAUGAUAGCUGGUUACAUCAUUUGUGGUCGUUACACCGAGGCAUUUGAUCUGGUGAUUGGAAUGCAGAGUAUGAGGAAUUCAGUUGAUGAACAUAUCAAACCUAAUAAUAUCACUCUCAUGACCAUUCUGCCUGCUUGUGGUUCUCUGGCAGCAUUGGCAAAGGGGAAAGAGAUCCAUGGCUAUUCCAUUCGGCAUGCAUUAGAUUCAGAUAUUGCAGUGGGGAGUGCUUUGGUGGACAUGUAUGCAAAAAGUGGUUGCUUAAGCUGGUCGAGAGCAGUCUUCGACAGGAUGCUGAGACGCAAUGUGGUCACCUGGAACGUUCUCAUCAUGGCUUAUGGAAUGCAUGGGCUAGGACAUGAUGCGAUGAUGCUAUUUGAACAAAUGGUAGCCAAAGGGGAAGCCAAGCCCAAUGAGGUGACAUUCAUUGCUGCCCUGGCAGCUUGUAGCCAUGCAGGGAUGGUUAGCCGAGGCCUGGAGCUGUUCCAUAGGAUGAAAGAGGAUCAUGACGUCGAACCCACACCGGACCACUAUGCUAGUGUCGUCGAUUUGCUUGGUCGGUCAGGGCAAUUAGAGGAAGCAUACCAUCUCAUAACCACAAUGGAGCCCGGGCCACAGCAAGCAGGGGCAUGGACUAGCUUGUUAGGUGCCUGUCGCAUUAAGCAGAAUGUUAAACUUGGAGCAAUUGCUGCCGAGCAUCUGUUUGAACUAGAGCCAGAUGUGGCCAGUCACUACGUUCUCCUUUCCAACAUCUAUGCAGCAGCUGGGCUUUGGGAGAAGUCGUCGGAGGUGAGAAAGAAAAUGAAGCUGAUGGGGGUGAGGAAAGAACCAGGUUGCAGUUGGAUUGAAGUUGGGGACGAGGUUCAUAGAUUCAUGGCUGGGGAUUCAUUGCACCCACAAAGCCGGCAGCUCUAUUCAUUCCUUGAAACUCUCUGGGACAGAAUGAGGAAGGAAGGGUACAAACCAGACACGUCUUGUGUGCUGCAUGAUGUCGAGGAGGAGGAGAAGGAAGUCCUGCUCUGUGGCCACAGCGAGAAGUUGGCCAUAGCAUUCGGCAUACUGAACACUCCUCCAGGUUCAACUAUUAGAGUUGCCAAGAACCUGAGGGUGUGCAAUGACUGCCAUGAAGCCACCAAAUUUAUUUCAAAGCUUGUGGGAAGGCAGAUCGUUCUAAGAGAUAUGAGGAGGUUCCACCAUUUUAGAGAUGGAAUUUGUUCUUGCGGAGACUAUUGGUGACAAAGUCCCUCAAAAUUUAUUUUUUCUGCCAUGGGGAUUUAGCAUAUGAAUCUUUAUUAUUGGCAUAAGAGGAGAUCAGUGAGUGUAAAUUUCAAGUAGUUGAUGUAAUGAAGCUAUAAUCUAUAUGACUUUGCUGUGGUCAAUUUAACUACCUCACUCGUAUGUAGUGCUUUAAUUUUCA